GAAAUACAUAAGAUUUGAAGCCAAGUUUUCAGGGGCUUUAAAGUGUAGACACACACAGUCUAUUCAACUGAGUAAAUAAGGUUAUGGCUUAUGAUUUAUUUCCCAUUGUCAUAUUGCUCGUACCCUCAAAAUGCUUGGCUGAAUAAAAAGGGACAUUAGAGAGACACACAGCACUGAAGUGUCACCACAUGCUGACUUGCUUACACAACAGUUUUACUUUCAGUGUAAUGAAGGCUGAACCAUGGCUUGCUUUAAUUAGUGUGCAUCGACUUUAGCACAGGCGACAGUCCGAGCCUGACUAACAUGCAGCAUCAUGUUUACUAGUGAGACAGCUGGCAGGGUGCAAACAGUGGAUCAGGUAUCAAAACUAAAAUUUACUUCGGUGCCAGCCACCCUCAGGUUUGGGUUGUGGAUUAACCAAGUAGGCUGUAGGCGUAUGUUUCUCUCCACAGGUGGUAUUGUCAUUAUGUUAGGGUGUGAACAAUGCUGGGUCUGUGUAAAAAGGCACCAGCUUUCUGUCUCGCACCACAUAUUACUGUAAAUUAAAUUAAAAAACUGAUGCUACACGACUACAUUACAGUGGAGACUAUAAUGAAGAGAGGGCCACAGAUGGAGGCCUACAGAAUGAGGACUGGACCCUCAACAUGGAGAUCUGCGAUAUCAUAAACGAGACAGACGAGGGGCCAAAAGACGCUAUGCGUGCACUGAAGAAGAGACUCAGUGGCAACAAGAACUACAGAGAAGUGAUGCUGGCGCUAACGGUUUUGGAGACGUGUGUGAAGAAUUGCGGUCACAGGUUUCAUGUCCAGGUGGCCAGCAGAGAUUUCAUUGAUGGUGUGUUGGUCAAAAUCAUCUCCCCCAAAACCAAUCCUCCAACCAUCGUACAAGACAAAGUGCUGUCGCUCAUACAGGCCUGGGCUGAUGCCUUCAGGAGUAGCCCUGAUCUAACUGGUGUGGUCCACAUUUAUGAGGAACUGAAGAGGAAAGGCAUUGAGUUCCCAAUGGCAGACCUGGAUGCACUGUCUCCCAUCCACACACCACAGAGGGGUACACCAGAAGUGGACCCAGCCAUGAUCAAGUACCUAGCCCCUGCCUCACCUGCUGCUGGGACUCCUGCACCUUCCCCAAGCCCUGCCUCUGCCACACAGGUCCCCAACAUGCCCAGCCCCAUCACAGCAACCCCUGAACAGAUUGCCCGGCUGCGCAGUGAGCUGGACAUAGUGAGAGGAAACACCAAAGUCAUGUCAGAGAUGCUAACAGAGAUGGUCCCUGGCCAGGAAGAUGCCUCUGACCUAGAACUGCUUCAGGAGCUGAACAGAACAUGCAGGGCUAUGCAGCAGAGAGUGGUUGAGUUGAUUUCACGCGUCUCUAAUGAGGAAGUGACUGAGGAGCUGCUACAUGUCAAUGACGACCUCAACAACAUUUUCCUCCGAUAUGAGAGGUACGAGAGGUACAGGUCGGGUAGAGCUGCACAGAACAACGGGAUGUUGAAUGAGGCCACAGAGGACAACCUGAUAGACCUUGGCCCAGGCUCCCCUGCCGUGGUCACGCCCAGGAUCACCUCCAGCCCUCCACCCCACUCCACUGCCAACGCAGCUGCCUCCCCAGCCCAUAAUCCCACUACAGCCUCACUGUCCUCUGCACUAGCUGGUCUUGAUGUUGCUUCUGACAGCGUGAGUGGUACCCAGUCCUCUCUAUCAGGCCCAAACCAGGAUGACUUUGACAUGUUUGCCCAGACGAGGAGCAGCUCUCUGGCUGAACAACGCAAAAAUGUAAAGUAUGAAGACCCUCAGGCUCUGGGCGGCCUGGCCUCUGCUUUGGAUGUGAGACAGCAGAACGCAGGAGGGCUGAGGGUAAAAGGGGAUGAUAACCCAGCAGAUCAGGAGCUGCCCAUAGACAGCUGGCUUAUUACCCAAGGAAUGAUCCCCGUAUCGCAGUCCUCUGUCAUGGAUGACAUAGAGGAGUGGCUCUGUGCUGACGUGAAAGGGGAUGCCACCGAGGAAGGGGUGACCAGUGAAGAAUUUGAUAAGUUCCUGGAGGAGCGAGCGAAGGCAGUAGACUCUGUGCCUUCUCCCCCCAGAGCUAACCCUGCUCACCCUGCCCGUACCCCUGGUGGCUCCCACAAGAAGGCUGAACGGACGGAAGACGCCCUCUUUGCGUUGUAGACUGUUCUCAGAGAACCUCGAUCUCUUCUCUAGGGUGUCUAAAGGUCGCCCUAAAUAAUCCCUCCCAAACAGUCCUUCCAGUCCCAUUUCAUCACUGACUGGCAGUGGUGUAGCAAGUGAUCUCCACCUCCUUGUCUUUCUCUUGCCACAGUGUUAUUCCAACAUGCAGAGGUCCAACAUGUUUACUGCGCACAAGUGUGCUGCGUUUUACUAUAUAUGGAUGUAUUAAUCUGUUAGUGUGGGAUGUACUACUCGCAUCCCUGCAUCUCAUUUGUAACUUGCCACCAGAGGAAGACAGCCUUACUUGUCUGAUGUGGUUUAAAAAUGUGGUAUAUUACUGCGAGAUUAAUGGAAAACGUUCACUGCAGUUCAAUGCAUUGAGUCAGUAUGGAAGCAUACAAUUAAGAUUAAAUUGUGUUGUCAGCUAAUUGCUAAUUUAUGCAUUUAUUGUUUUGAUGGUUUGUUCUAUACUAUGUACUAGCGCUGUGGUUAUGUUUUUUACAAAUACGCCAGUUAGAGCUCCAGUCAUGCUUCUAAUACUGAGAUAUGUGUGGAAUGUGCAACAUGUUAUUACCUAAUUUGCCUGAAGCAGUGUGGAGAACAGACUUAUGUUAGCAGGCAAACUUUGCUAGGAAUGUAAUAGCUAAAUAUUAGCUAAUCUUGAUGAGUGUAUGCCAGCAUUCCUUUUAACCAAAGGGAAUAAAAAACAAAAAAAUCUUUAAAAAAAUCACUCCUUAGGAUUCUGUUAUGUAUUUCAAAUGGCUAAGGGGAAGGAACGUGCCCAUGGAAUAUUUUCCAUCAGUCUUUUCAGUCCUCUGAAAAGCAAUGACAAAUUAGCUGAGAAAAGGAUGCUCUUGAGCAAUUGCAAACACUUUCAGCCAUUCCAAAGAAUAUUAAGGCUUUAAUGACCAACUAGCACUGAAUUUUAGCUGUCGAACAAUAAUCACGUCCAUGUGUUAUAAAUGUAAAGGGAUCAUGAACUUUUUCCUUCCCCUGCAACAUUAAUGCCUGUGCACUUUGAAGCAAAAACAAAUCUGUAUUUUGUCCUUUGUGUCUACAAGAUGGUUACUAUUUUUCUAGGGGAAUGGGAAAUGGUCUUUAGAUUGACUUCAUUUUGCGCAUAAAUUUUCUAACUAUAAUUGCAGUGUGUGUUCAUAUAGAAGUGGGUUGAUGACUGUUAAACUAAACUUUUAAGAAUAUUAAAGAUUGCAUAAAGAUUCAAGACAAAAUAUGGCAUUUAAAUUAUCAGCAAGACGCUGGCACCAUAAUCGACUAAAAGACUAAACAUAUAGCUUACAGUAAUGCAUUGUCGUAAAGGAUAUAUUCAUAUAGGUAGACUUUCACUUACUCUAUAUUAUGUAAUCUAAAUACCUCAAAAUACAGGAAUGUUAGUUUCUGUAUCUGGUUAAAAAUGUAUUGGCUCAUAGUAAUAUCCAGAAGACAUAGAGGUUUAUGUAUCAUUUGAACCCCUGAGUGUAUUUUUAUAGUUCAUGUAAAAAAACAAAAAAAACAAAACUUUUUUGUACCCUUCAUUGAUCUUUUCGUGGUUGAGGCUGAAGCAUGCAGCGAACAAAAACACAAUUGUACUUUCUUUGAGUUGGCCAGUCAAAGACGUACUUUCAUUCUUGGUGUAUUUUCAUUCUGGUAUGAUUCAUCUGCUCUGGCUGAAGCUGCUGCCAAACAUUUCUGUGAUUGACUCAUUUCAGCAAAGUAGCUCUGACUGGAGUUUGUCUUUGGUGUAUUUACGCACAUUGAGUCAAAAAGCAAUCCUGUCUCCAUUCCAGCUCUUUUGCUGAGGCUCUGGUUUGUUUUAACGUUGCUCUGCACUUGAAAGAUUUUUAUUUUCUUUCAGUCCAUUUAAGACCAAAAGCCUUGUCAAUUUAGGCAUUCCAUUUGAAACUCCUCCCAAGCUGUAAAUGCCUAAUCAUGCAUCAAAAUUACGUGUUGAAUUAUCCAUCCAUCUGUCAGUAUUGGCCUUCCACUAGAGGGAAACAUUCAUGAUUUGUUAUACUUGUUAGCAUAACUUCAACGGUGGCAUUGAAAAUGUAUUUGUGUCUACGUAACCAUUAUGAUUAAAUAUUUAAAUGUAUUUUAGGUGAGGAAAAUUAAUGAUUUAUGAGCUUUAACUUUAAAAAAAAAAAAAAAAAAGCUGUAUGGUUACAUAUGGUGUGCUUAUAGGUUUAAUAUGGUUGCCAGGUAACUGAGUUAAUAGCGUUAAAUUUACAAUCAGCCAUUGUGUUCACUUUGAAAAACUUUUACCAUGCAGGCUGAACAAAGAGGAUUACUAAAAAUGUAACGAGAUCCUUUAAAAGGGAACUAGGGAGUAAUUUCUGUUUGUGUGUUUCAUAUCUCUGGAUCUGUAACAAAGUGUAUUGUUACUUGCUUUUAUGAGGCUUAAGUCCUGAUUGCAACAUGUAUUCCUCGAAAUUCUGGCAAUCUUAAAAUGGUUACCGAAUGUCUUUUAAUACUGAUGAAGCAGAACAUUUAGCUGAUGUUUUGUGGACAUGGAAGAGGGGCUUGUUUUCUGUUGGUGGGUGUCCCAUGUCUGUUUGGCUGUGGCGUCUGCUGCCAUUUACUCAUGGUCAGAUUUGUGUUUGACCUAAUGCACGUAUGUAACUGCCCAAUAAAACACUAGCAAUGUUUGACCUCUA